AUGGCUCGCAAGGCCUCCUCCGUCCCUGAGGGCUACAAGGAAGACCUCAGCAAAGGCAAAAUGCUCCGCUUCGAACAAUCCCUCCCCAAGUUGCCCGUCCCCGACCUGCAGGAGACCGCGCACCGCUACCUCAAGUCCGUCCACGCCGUCGUCUCCGAGGCCGAGUACCAGCGCACCAAGGAGGCCGUCGAGACGUUUGUCCGCCCCGGCGGUCAGGGUCAGACCCUGCAGGAGCGCCUGCAGGCUCGCGCCGCCGACCCCAAGAUCGGCAACUGGUUGACCGAGUGGUGGAACCAGGCCGCCUACCUGGGCUACCGUGACCCCGUCAUCCCCUACGUCUCCUACUUCUACUCCUACCGGGACGACCGGGCGCGCCGCAACCCCGCCCAGCGGGCCGCGGCCGUCACCACGGCUGCCCUCGAGUUCAAGAGCCAGGUGGACAACGGCUCCCUGGAGCCCGAGUACAUGCGUGGCAAGCCCAUCGCCAUGAGCUCCUACGAGUACAUGUUCAACUGCUGCCGCGUGCCGGCCGACCCGGCCGACUACCCGCAGCAGUACCCGGCCGCGGAGAACGAGCACAUCGUGGCCGUCCGCAAGAACCAGUUCUUCAAGGUGCCGCUGGUCGUCAACGGCCGCCGCCUCAACGUCUCCGAGCUGCAGCAGCAGUUUGAGCGCAUCUACCAGACGGCGACGCGGGCGCCCGCCGUCGGUGUCCUGACGGCCGCCAACCGCGACCGCUGGACCGAGGCGCGCAAGCAGCUGCUGGCGGCGCACCCGGCCAACGAGCAGACCCUGCGCGACAUCGAGUCGAGCGGCUUCCUCGUCUGCCUGGACGAUGCCACGCCCGUGACCCUCGAGGAGCGUGCCCACCAGUACUGGCACGGUGACGGCACCAACCGCUGGUUCGACAAGCCGCUGCAGUUCAUCAUCAACGACAACGGCACCGCCGGCUUCAUGGGCGAGCACAGCAUGAUGGACGGCAGCCCCACCCACCGCCUCAACGACCACCUCAACAAUCUGAUCUUCAACAACAAGAUCGACCUGUCCGCGCAGACCGUCCGCUCGGACCUCCCCGACCCGCGCCCCCUCACCUUCCACCUCAACGGCGCCGUCGAGGAAGCCAUCGACGCCUCCGGCAAGGAGCACCGUCAGCAGAUGGCCGCGCACGAGCUGCGCGUGCAAGCCUACCAGGGCUACGGCAAGGGCCUGAUCAAGAAGUUCAAGUGCAGCCCGGACGCCUUCGUGCAGAUGAUCAUCCAGCUCGCCUACUUCAAGAUGUACGGCAAGAACCGCCCGACCUACGAGUCGGCCUCGACCCGCAAAUACCAAGAAGGCCGCACGGAGACCAUCCGCUCCGUCUCCGACGACAGCGUCGCUUUCUGCCGCGCCAUCAGCGACGCGAACGUUCCCCGCGCCGAAGCCGUCCAGAAGCUGCGCUCCGCCCUCGCCGCCCACAGCAAGUACACCGCCGAGGCCGGCGACGGCCACGGCGCCGACCGCCACCUCUUCGGUCUGAAGAAGUCCCUCCGCGAGGGCGAGCCCGUCCCGGCCCUUUACGAGGACCCGGCCUACGCCUACAGCAGCUCGUGGUACCUGUCCACCAGCCAGCUGAGCUCGGAGUUCUUCAACGGCUACGGCUGGAGCCAGGUGAUCGACGACGGGUUCGGCAUCGCCUACAUGAUCAACGAGAACAGCCUCAACUUCAACAUUGUCUGCAAGCGUAUUGGCGCGGAGCGCAUGAGCUAUUACUUGAACGAGGCCGCUGGUGAUAUGCGGGAUCUGAUGAUUCCUGAGUUGGCCAAGGAGGCUGAGAAGGCUAAGAUCUAG